AUGUCGACCCUGCACCACUCCUCCCCGAGCUGUCCGCCAGCACUCACAUCUGCCACACUACAGCUCCACUACCUCGCCGAGGGCGCCGCCAACAUCAUCUACAGUGUGUCUGUGCGGUCUCCGCCGGGCCUACAGCACCAUUCUCACUGCUGCAUCUUGCGGCUGCGCAAAGACCUCCCCUUUACGAAGCCCGCUCUGGAGGUAAUGCGCGAUUUCGAAGAGCGCAUUGGACCUCUCUUCGGCGGCCACGAGCAUCUCCUCAUGAAACAGGCACUGUAUCCACUGACACCAGAGAUGGUCCUCGAUGCGAACGCCGAGUUGAGGGAGAUGGAGACUGCGGAUUCAUCAGGCGACCGCGUCGCCGCCGAGGGCCAAUCUAAAGGGAGGGUCCGCCAUCAUCACAGACGGCAUGUCUAUCUGCCCGCCUAUGAAACGGAGCAGAACGGGAUCUUGAUGCAGAACCUAAAAGAGCCAGGAGUCGACCAGCUGGUCGAGUUCAAACCCAAGUGGUUGGUCCAGAGUCCCAGUGCACCUGUCGAUGCAAGAAAUUGCCGAACGUGUGCUCUGAAUGCGAUGAGGAGGAAGGGUGGAAAACAUCAGGGCCGAGGCGAUUCAGGCUUCUGUCCGCUGGACCUGCUCUCGGGGCCGGACGAAGGCGAUGUGCUGCAACAGGCCCUGGCGAAUGUCUGCCAGCCGGCCGAGGGAGGGAUCGAGGAGUUUCUCGUAUCCUUCCGUCAGCGAGUGCAGCCUGCAUUGAGACAUCUGGCGACGCUGCAGAGACAAUACGGCUCGGUGGGUCUGGAUGACUACCGCAAUCCGGCUGGUAAGAAUCUUGACCUGGCCAUGGCAUUAAGAGACUGUAGUGUCUUCCUGGCUUUGCACACAACGACGACGUCAGCUUCGGAUUCGAAUUCGAGUCGAGGCCGCGUCGAGCUGGUCGAUGUCAAGUUCGCCGACCUGGACCUGAAGACGCCGGAAGGAAGAAAGUUGCAGAAAUGGGCAUCCAUGGAGCAAGAGUUGCUGGACGGCGGGUGGUACUACAACGCCGAAGGAUCGCACUGUUCUCUGGGUCGUCGCCGAGAGACGUGA